CACAUCCCAGUCAGUGAGAUUUGUGCUGGUGGCAGAAGGUACUCUUCCAAAUCCAACCGGGCUGCUUACUGAUUAGAAGGAAUUAUGAAAGAGGUCACAGCUGAGUCUGCGGCAGACACUAACACACAUACACAUAUCAGUUUUCAUCAGCAAACAAUGCAUUCAGAUUGUUUCACAAAAACUGAAGGCAUCUGAUGGAGAGAAAGAGAAAAAUCUCUUGGAAUAGGGCGGGAUGCUAUUAAGUGAUGGAUAGGCAUGGAUGGGUGUACAUUUGCAAAAAUGGAAAUAAUUUCAGUUUUACAAUGUUUGUAAAGGACCUCACAUGGCAUCUCCAAACAGUUUGACAGAGCCAAAAUGGUUUAGAUUUGCCCAAAAGCUCCUUUUUAUAAGACCCCCCCCCCCCCCCCUCCUUAUUUUUAUUUUUUUUACUGAUAUCUAGUUUUUCUCACAACUUAAAUGAAUAAGCUCCAAGAAUACUUUGUGGAGAUAGUGUUUCAAGGUCUUUCCAUUGAUUGACACUCACUAAGUUAGCUUAAGAAGCUAAUUGCUAAGAAGCAUUAGUCCAUUCAUGUCAUCUUCCGUAGGAACCUUGAACACCUCAUUGAGUUACAUCUAAAACUAAUUUAGUUGAUUUGUGUACUAGGAACUCCAGUAGACUUCCACAAGAUCAAUUAAAUCAAAGGUUCUCUGAAAUAUUUGUAAGAUGGCUGUGCUGCCAAUAAAAUUGACCAAAACCAACAGAGACAAACUGGCCCAGGUUUUGUGGGUACUAAACUGGAUAUCCGUUGUAACAGGUAUCAUCCUCUUUAGCUUGGGCAUCUUUCUAAAAGUUGAAAUUAACAAGCGGCAGGAUCUAAUGGCUGAGAGUCAGCUCCAAUCCGUGCCAAACAUGCUAAUUGCCGUGGGACUUAUAGCCUGCGUGAUUAACUUUUUGGGAGGAAAGAUCUGCUAUGACUGUGUGGACACCAACAAAUUCCUACGCUGGAAGUUGGUGAUGCUACCAUACAUCAUUUGCACGUUUUUCUUCACUCUGAGCGUGCUCGUGGGUGCCUUGAUGUGCUACAGCAUGCACGGACAGCUGGAAGAAGCACUAACAUUUGGGCUGCGGGAUGCUAUGCGUUACUAUAAGGACACAGACACACCAGGCCGCUGCUUCUUGAAGCGUACAGUGGACCAGCUGCAGAUCCAGUUCCAAUGCUGUGGGAACGAGGGCUACAGAGAUUGGUUCCAGAUCCAGUGGGUCAGCAACCGAUAUUUGGAUAUGUCCCAACGGGAAGUGGUAGAUCGUCUGCGAAGCAACGUUGAGGGAAAAUACCUAAUGGACGGAGUUCCCUUCAGCUGCUGCAAUGUCAACUCUCCUCGGCCAUGCAUUCAGUACCAAAUCACCAAUAACUCCGCCCACUUUAAUUAUGACUACCAGACAGAGGAGCUCAACCUGUGGAUGAGAGGAUGUCGUCAGGCUCUACUAGAUUAUUACACCAACAUCAUGCAUUCUGUCGGCCUCACGGUUCUGAUCAUCUGGCUCUUUGAGCUCUCUGUGUUAACGGGGGUCCGUUACCUCCAAACGUCUCUGGAAAACGUGCUGCGGCAGGGGGACCCUGAGUGUGAGUCAGACGGGUGGCUCCUGGAGAACAGCUUUGUGGAGACGGCUCGCUCUAAUUUCAACAUCAUCAAACACCUGGGCAAGUUCAAUCAGAUCAACAUAUCAAGCAAUGGAGAUCCAAACAUUGACAAACCAACUACAGCACACUAUGGUCCAGACAAUGUGCCUCCAAAGUCUCUUCCAAUGGCCAGUUAGGUCUUCAGAAUGCACAUUUUGGCCAGAAACAUUACUUAAGCUUAACGGUUCAGUAAAAAUUGAGAUGGCAUUGCAAAACAAGAACAGAGUGAUAUUACAACACACAACAUACUUGAGGUCUGUUGUAAAUUAACAUGUAAGAACUUAACCAAGUAGUCUACUGUUUUAACACACAAGGCAAAGCAUCAUGGGGCCUUCAGAGUUAUUAAAAUGUAUAAAUUGCCUCUCAUUAAGAAUACAACCGUUAAAUUAUUUUGUGUUUUAGAGAUUCUUGUGUGAAUUAUGUGAUUACUGGAGAGUAGGUCUGCUACCUAUCACUGGAUUUAUUUAGAGCUUCACUGUUUACUGUAGGGUUUUCAUUAGUAAUUAAAGCAACUGUAUGUGAUUUUUUUUUUAGUUCCAAAAUCAUUCUGAUGUAGGCUGCACUGACUUCUAAUAAGGCGAAUAGCUUCUGUUUCUUUCCUAUAUCCUCCAAAACGUCUCUUCUGACAGUGUGUAAGUUAAAAGGGAUUUGCUUUAAGGGGUGAAAAAAAAUGCACGUGUCUGCAGGUUUUCACUGCAGUUACGACCGUGAGAGCCUAUAUUUACGACAUUGAACUGUAGAGGGGUCCAAAAUCGCAAAAAUACACAAAACUACAUACAGUAGUACAUGCUCUCUCUCUCUUUCAAUAUUUCUAUUUCCAUGAAAUCAAACUGUCAGCUUACCCAUUACAAGCCACCAAAAAUUCUUAUUUUAUGCCUUGGUCUCGUGCCUAAAGCCAGGUAUUGUAAUCACUGGUGAAAACAUGAUACCAACAGCCUCUAAAACACAUUUUCCAAAGAUGUAUAUUUCAUAAACAUUUUUUUUUUUUUUACA